AUGUCGAAAGCGCCUCUUCUCAUUCGCUCGAGCCCCGGAUUUGGCACCGGCUCUUAUGGCGCUGCUCCCAUCCCCCCAGAGGCCGUCGACACAAACGACGACGGCGGCCGUGAUGCCGAUGGCCUGUCAAGGAGGCGCAGUGCCGCGAAUAGCCGCCGCUCAAGACGACGAAAGUCCCAGAGCACUAGCCGCUCCCACAGGACAAGCACCUCCUCUAUAAAUCGCAGACUGAGUCUGUCAGAAGAAAUGGGAGGUCCCGCCGUCGCGGGCGGCAUCGAAGGACGAUUCGGCACAGAUACGGCUCUUGGGGAUGACGUAGAGGCACUAUCUGACGCCAAGUCUGUCGCGUCGGAUUUCGAUAGCGACCAGGACUCGGAUAGCGACAGCAUACUGCAUGAGGAUGACCCUCCCGACAAUUCGCCAUACCCCCAGGUCCGAGCUUCGGUUGCCCCGACCGAUAACACCACGCUAUCAGUAAACACACCCCGGAUGUGGGUGUUAUCCAUUCUCUUCUCAAUACUUGGUUCAUCGACAAAUUUGUUCUUUUCCCUGAGAUACCCCAGCGUUGCUAUCACUCCAGUUAUAGCGUUGCUUCUCGUACACCCGCUCGGUCUUUUGUGGGAUUUCGCGCUCAAGCGGUCAGGUGACCCUGAGGAAGAGUUCUCCGCAGGCACUCGGGUGGCGACAUUGUCAAGAAACCAUGCGACCUCCAGGAGUCGAGUGGACGGACUGCGCCUUUGGCUUGCCCAGGGCAAGUGGAACGAAAAGGAGCACACGUGUGUCUACGUUAGCAGUAACGUCUCCUUUGGCUUCGCCUUCGCCACCGAUGUGAUCGUCGAACAAACGCAGUUCUACAAGCAGGAGGCCACCAUCACCUACCAGCUAUUGCUGACGCUCUCUACGCAAAUUUUGGGCUACACAUUCGCUGGCCUUACCCGGCGGUUUCUGGUACGCCCCAGCGGCAUGAUCUGGCCUGGCACAUUGAUGUCAGCUGCCAUGUUCACGACUCUCCACAAAGAGGAGAACAAACCGGCCAAUGGUUGGACGAUGAGUCGCUGGAAGUUUUUCUAUGUCGUCUGGCUGUCCGCGUUCAUCUUCUACUUCCUCCCCGGCCUCCUCAUGCCUGCCUUGAGUUACUUCAACGUCAUCACAUGGUUUGCGCCGGACAAUGUUGUCGUUGCGAACCUCUUUGGCGUUGUCUCGGGCCUAGGGCUGUUCCCACUCACAUUUGACUGGGCCCAGAUCGCAUACAUUGGCUCUCCACUCCUCACGCCAUUCUGGGCAGCCAUGAACGUCGUGGGCGGCUUAGUGCUGGUGAUGUGGAUAAUUGCGCCAAUCGCGUACUAUUUCAAUGUCUUCUACUCAUCUUAUAUGCCCAUCCUAUCUGCUUCGGUAUUUGACAACACUGGAAAGAUAUAUGACGUCAGCAGGAUUCUGGGCGAAGGCUUUGUCUUUGACCGGGAAAAGUACGCGAGCUACAGUCGAGUGUUUUUGCCCAUCACUUACGUUCUGAGUUAUGGCCUCCAGUUUGCUGGCUUGGCCUCUCUGCUCACUCACACUGCCUGUUGGCAUGGCAAGGACAUAUGGACACAAUGGCAACGGUCACUGAGAGAAGCAGAGGACAAAGGCAAGCCUGCCUAUCAGCCAGUCGGUGGUGAGAGCAAUGGACGUUCGCCCGUCGCCUCGAGUCCGGCGUUUAUGAGGAGCAAUUCCAACCUUGAUGGCAUCAUGGGCCGAGAAGAUGUGCACAAUCGCCUGAUGAAGAGGUACAAGGACGCACCAAUUACUUGGUAUCUUCUCACAUUCGUGUCGAUGACGGCCGUGGGGAUGUUUCUCGUCGAAUACUACCCCAUUCAUCUACCCUGGUACGGGCUGUUGCUCGCGCUGGGGAUUUGUGCUGUCCUCUUCAUCCCUAUCGGCAUCGUGAUGGCAGUCACCAACCAACACAGCAGCAUAUAUCUGAUUUGCCAGCUCAUCUGUGGCGCCAUAUUCCCGGGUCGGCCAGUCGCAAACAUGGUCUUCGUGACAUAUGGGUAUAUUUCCUCUGCUCAAGGCAUUAAAUUCGCUGCCGACCUCAAGCUUGGCCACUACAUGAAGAUCCCACCACGAAUACUCUUCCUGGUGCAAAUGGUGGCCACAAUCGUCUCGUCGUUCACCCAGAUCGCAGUGCUGAAUUGGAUGUUCGUCAACGUUCCCGGAAUAUGCACGCCAUCCGCCAUCAACGGCUUCACAUGUCCCAUAGCCCGUGUGCACUUCAACGGCUCUAUCUUGUGGGGAGUCGUUGGCCCAGCCGAGUUCUUCGGGAAAGGGGCGACAUAUCAUCCCCUGGUAUGGUGUUUCCUGAUCGGUGCCAUUGCGCCCAUUCCGCUAUGGCUCUACGGCCGAAACAAGAAAGCCAGCAUCGUGCGGAAGAUCAAUCUCCCCGUGCUAUUUGGCUCUCUCAGCUGGAUUCCACCAGCCACGGGACUCAACUUCUCAGUAUGGGCAGUCGUCUGCUACGUCUUCAAUUACCUCAUCAAGAACCGCGCCGCGGGCUGGUGGGCCAAGUAUACCAUGACUCUGAGCGCGGCUCUCGACUCAGGUCUAGCAUUCGGGAUCGUUGUCGUCUUCUUCGGCUUCAUCUACCCAGGCUGGAUGGACAAUUUCAAGUGGUGGGGCACGGAGGUGUACAAGCAGGGCUGCGACUGGCAGGCUUGUGCGUACAGCACGGUGCCGAAUGGCAGUCACUUUGGUCCGGAUCAGUGGUGA